AUGGCUGAGCCUACGCUUCUUGGUUUGCCUGCGGAAAUACGAUUGCAGAUCUAUAGACACGUCUUCAAGGGCAUUGGGUACAAAGCGUCGGAUCCAGGACGACUAGCAGGACUUACUGCGAAGACCGGCAUACUCAGAGUUAACCGUCAGCUGCGUACCGAGGCUCGUACGAUACUGGAUGAGAACAUCACGGUCGGGCUGGACUCAUCUCGGCUUCCUCAAACCAUGCCUUCCCUUGUAACGGGGGCCAGAAUGUUGGGCAUUGCAUUGCCAGAGCAAAGUAUCAAAUCCUUUCUUCGAGUCUUGCCUCAUCUCAAGUUUGUCGAGUGCUCGAUCUCGUUCGAAGCGUGGGAGUGUUACAAUACGGCACACCUUAUUGACACAGUGGCCGAGGUGUUCAGAGUACUCCGGCCCAGUGAACUAUCCGUGCUAAUGGUCUUUCAGCGAGUGGGAUGUGGGGUCACCGACCCAAAGACAGCCAUUCGAGAAAUCAACAUUGCGGAAUACAAGGACCAUUACCGGUACGAAGAAUGGAUUCCGGCUGCAGGAGUUCUCCUCCUCACGACAGGACUGUCGGUUCCGACAUUUUACGUGCCUAAGACAGGCAAGAUGACCAUCCUGGAUGCAGAUUUCGAAACUAUGCCUGUAGAUGGAAAUCAGGAUACGCUUCAAGAGGUUACUGCGGAGGCAUUUAAGAAAAUGAGAGCAGAGACACGAAACCGAUUGAGCAAACCAGAUAUCUUUCAAAAAGCUUUGGCAACGGCGACUCGAUGUGGGUGA